AUGGCAGUGUCCCGUGUCCUUGCCCCUGGCGCCAGCUACAGCGUCCGUGGUGGUUUUGACACCAGACCAGCGCUGCAGUGUUGGGCCCGGAUCCUGAGACCCAGAGAGCUGCCCGCCCUCCUUGUCCCUGGCGGCGGCGGGGUGGGGCGGGGGCGAGCGGCGGGGGCGGAGGAGGCCGCUGUCCCCAACCGCUGGGGUUCCCCUCGGGAAUCUGAACAAAGAGGGAGGCAGAGGCCGCCCCCUCCCCGGGAACCCGACGCCGCAAGGCUGCAGGGGGCGCGGGAGGGUAGGGGCCUUCCGCCGCACCCCGCCAGGUCGAACGCGGUUGACCUUUUCCCCGGACGCCUGCGAGAGGCUAGAAGCGUGCGGGUCCACAGGGGGUCUCGGCUAGGCUCGGGUGCCGCGGCGUCCGCUCGCCCGCCGGGCCACCCACCGGCCGGGCGCUCCCGCCGUGGCCGGAGGGGGAAGCCGAGCGCCCGGGACUUCUCCGCUGCAGCCACCCUGCCGGGCCCAGCCGGCCGGCGGAGCGCCCACGCCCACCACACCCACGUGGGCACGCCCCCCGCGGCGCGCCGCCCCCAGCCCAGCCUCCGCCCCCGGCAGCGGCAGCGAGGUGGAGGGGCUCCCGGCUGCCCGCACCUGCACCCGCGCGUUGGCGACGGCGGCGCCGAGGCCCGGCUCCCCGCCUGCGCGUCUGUCUCGUUCACAUCACCCUCGCCCGCCACCCCUGCUCCGCCUCCCCUCGCGACCCGAGACUCGGCGAACCGCGCGCCCUCUCUCUGGGGCCACAUUUGGCUUACGAGGGCGGUACCCCCUCCCAGCCGGACGCGGGGACCUCCCCGGGCGUCGCGGUGGGGGAGGCGCGGGCGGCAAGGCCUCUUUGUUCGGGCGACAGGCGCCGGGGGCCCCCCCUCCCGCCGCCGCCGGGAGUGUCACCCGCACCCAGCCCGCGCGCUCCCUCCGCCUCCCGGAGAUCACCCCGACCAGGUGGCGGCGCGCGCCUUUUAG